GGUGUUUUUCUUUAUCGGGGUAUCGAGGGAGCAGCGAUGGAAAGCCACCGAAAUUCCAGCCGCCUCCGAAGCCCGUCAUUAUCGACAGGAAGACGAAGAAGGAGGAGAGCAGGUUCCUGAGCCCUGAAUUUAUACCUCCCAGAGGGAGAAAAGAUCCUCUUAAAUACUACAUAGAAAGAAGGGAUAUGAUACAGAGAAGAAAAGUUUUCAACAUCCCAGAAUUCUAUGUUGGCAGUAUACUGGCCGUGACGACUGCGAAUCCCCUGGCCGGUGACAAAAGCAGCCGCUUUGUGGGGAUCUGCAUCCAGAGGGGAGGGACCGGGCUCGGCGCCACCUUUGUCCUCCGCAAUGUCAUAGAAGACCAAGGGGUUGAAAUCUGUUAUGAACUGUACAGCCCUGGCAUCCAGGCCAUCGAGGUGCUGAAGCUGGAGAAGAGGCUGGAUGAGAACCUGAUGUACCUGCGGGACGCCCUCCCCGAGUACAGCACUGUCGAUGUCAACAUGAAACCUGUGCCUCGCAUGGAGCACGAGGAAAUCCCUGUGAACAAGGUGCAGGUACGAAUGAAACCUAAACCAUGGUCAAAACGGUGGGAAAGACCCAAAUACAAUAUAAAAGGAAUCAAGUUUGAGCUACCAGAACAUAAAAUGAAAGCAGCACAGAAAUGGAGCCAGCCAUGGCUGGAGUUUGACAUGCUAAGAGAAUAUGAUACUUCAAAAAUAGAGGAAAAGAUUCGGAAAGAACUGAGUGAAGAACUUGAAAAAUAAUGGGUUUUUGCAGUCUAGAAUUCCUGAGAAAAUUAAUAUUUUUAGUUUACUGUAUGGAUGAUCAGUUGUCAAGUUUUGUAUAUAGAUGGGCAAAGCAACAAUAAAGUUAACCUUUCCAGAUUUCAGCAUGAACAGA